GGAAGAAAGGAGAGAGAAGGGGAACAUAGUCAUUCCAAUUCUGCUGCGCUUGAAACUCCAGCUACCUUCUUUGCAGCUUUGGUUCGCAAUAACUUUACUAAAUUACUAAAAGCGUAAACUAUUUCUCGGAAACUGUAGCUUAUUUGAACGUCGGGAAAAACAACAGCAGGCUCACAGAUCCGCCUCGGAGUGUCUUAUAAAGUGAAUAGCAGCUGCUUUUGGACAUCGUUGAAAUCAAUAUACGUGCUAUCAAUCAGAGGACUAUAGUAUCGAUGUUCAGGUAAAGACGGGUUGGAGAUACUGUCUCACAUCCCGCUAUAGCCUAACUAUGGGUCGAUAGUAUGGACUUACCCGACUCUGGAGAGGGACAGUGCAUCACGGCUGAUCGGAAUUUACUUCUCCGCUAUUCGUGUGGAAUAAAAGUUCAUUAACAAACGGGAGGAUUAUUUACGAGUUUUCACUUAAAAGUUAGUUUUUGUUGUUUCGUGUGGAGGGAUGGCGGGACCAGUUAUGUUUCUAUUCCUGUGGGUGUUGACUUGGUUCGGGGAAAUUCGGGGUGCUUCGUACCCGCAGCGGUAUAAUCUCUACUCCGGACAGACCCAGGUGCUGCCACAGAACGGCGUCCGGGCGGCAAGCAGACACAGAAACUGGUGUGCGUAUGUAGUGAAGAAGACAGUGAGCUGUGUGGUGGAGGAUGGAAUGGAGACCUACGUGAAGCCUGACUAUCACCCCUGCUCCUGGGGCACGCAGUGUUCCCGUAUGGUGACGUAUCGAACGUAUAUGAAGCCGCGGUACAAGGUGGCCUACAAGAUGGUGACGGACAUGGAGUGGAAGUGUUGCCAUGGUUACACCGGAGAUGACUGUAGCGAAGGGCCGAGCGGCGGGUCGGGGACCCAGAUCGCUACAGCCAGACCCAAACCGUCCCGACCGGGACAGACCGGAACCGACACAGGUCACAGAGGACAGAGUGGGGGAGACGGGCGAGGCGACAGCGACAAGACGCGGCAGCUGGAGGACAAGAUCCAGAGCCUAACCAAGGACCUCCAGGACCUGCAGUCCACGCUGAGGGGCAUGAACGAACGCUUCCAGGAGGAGAUGCGCAAACCGGGCUUCAGUGGUGGUGGCACCAAGGCCCCAGCGGAUGCGGCCCAGCCGGAGAUUAAGGACACCAUCCACAGCAUCCAGACCAAACUAGACCAGCUGGACAACCGGACACAGGCUCACGACAAGACCUUGGUCAGCAUCAACAACCACCUGGUCAACGGGAAUGGCGGCGGUGGGAAUGAUCUUGGCGACUCCUCUGGAGGCACCGGUGGGAUUAGUGGCGGGAAGCUCAACACGCUGAAAGAGGAGAUCCUGAGGGAGCUGGAGAGAAGGGUGUCUCUGUCCUGCUCCUCCUGCCAGUCGGGGGUGGAGGACCUACGGAGACAGCAGCAGGAGGACAGGGAGCAGAUCCGUGCGCUGGAGAAGCAGCUGAACGCUGUGGAUGGACGAUAUCGCCAGAGCCUAGACGGCCUGCGCCGCGAGGUGACACGCUCCCAGGGCUGCUGCGAUUCUGUCACCGACCUCAAGGACAGGGUCACAGAUGCUGAAAGGAAGAUAAGCUCCAUAUCAGAGAACUAUGAUGUCAUCCAGAACCGCAUGGAUAAGGAGCUGGGCAGUGGCGGUGGUAGUAAUGGAGGUGGAGGUUUCCCAGGAGGUGGAGGUGGCUUUGUCCCUGGAGGUGGUGGUUUUGGCCCUGGAGGUGGUGGCUUUGGCCCUGGAGGUGGCAGCGGAUUACCCAGGGUGAUAGAGGACAGGCUGGACGGUCGUCUGAGGGACCUUGAGAGGUGGGUGAACAGCACAAUGCAGCACACAGAGGAGACAGAGAAAGACCUGAAGGACUACUUCAACCGUGAGCUGGGUGACCUCCGGACCGUGUUCCUGGACCGUUUCGACGACCAGGGAUACCGCAUCGGCGACAUAGAGCUAGACGUGGGCAUUGUAAAGGACCUCGUGUCAGACCACGACAAGAAUGUGACCCGCCUGGCGAACUCCACGGCACUACUAGACAAGAGUCUGACUGACUGUGGCUGUGGAGGAACAGGAGGAGGAGGAGGAGGAGUUGGAGGAGGUGGAAGAGAAGAUGGAGGAGGAAGUAGAGGAACCGGAGGAACAGGGGGAAUGGGAGGGAGAGGAUCUGAAGGUGGGACAGGGGAAGGAGGAAGGGGAGAUACAGGAGGAACAGGAACUGAAGGAAGGAGAGAUGGAGGAAGUGGAGGAAUAGGGGGAACCGGAGGAGGUUGGGGAGGAGCUGGAGGGGACGGAGGAAACGAUUACGACGGAGACUCUGUGAAGUCUAUCACCUGGAGGGUGGUGGCCAAUGAGGAUGAGAUACGACGCUUUGACACGCGGAUCAAGGACCUGUCCGUCUCGGGCGACUCACUCAUGGACAAGGUGCUGGAUCUCAGCCACGACAUCCGCAAGAUCAAAGCCCUGACCGGAGACAAUGGCGAGCACUUCAACCGCAUCGUCACAGAAGUUGAGACGCUCGGGCGCGGCAUGGAUGACUGCGACGUCUGUGGAAGAGUGGAAGACGAGUUCAAGAAGCUGAAGAACCACACCCUGAACCGCUGGGAGAAGGACAUCAACACCAUCCGGAACCGGGUGGAUUCCAACCAAAGCUCUUGCUCUACUCUACAGGAAGAGGUGGGGAAACUCCGGGAGGUGGUAGGGAAGUGUAGCGACCAGUGUAAGAUCCACCUGGAGACCCUAACAACAGGAGGUGGCACUGGAGGACGAGGCCUGGGUGAACCUGAUAAGCCCCUGGACGGCCACAGUGUGAUCGGAGGCACGUCCAACAACGGCCACCUCAAGUCCCUACAGGGCGAGCUGUCCGAGGUCAUCCUGACCUUUAGCUCCAUCAACGACACGCUGAGGGGCCUGGAGCACACAGUGCAGAAACAUGGCAGUGUCAUCACGGACCUGGGCAACACCAAGGACAAGAUCAUCUCUGAGCUGGACAAGAUACAGCAGGAGGUGACUGAGCACAUCGAGAAGAGCCGCGACCGCCUCGACGGGGUGGAUCGCGACGUGCGACGCUUCGAGAGCACCCUAGUGGUGGAGGUGGGCGACUGCAAGCGUUCUGGCGACGGCCUUGAGAAGAGGCUGUUCAAGAUGGAGGGCGUGUGCGGGCGGCUGGACGGCGUCUCUGAUUCGCUCCAGAAGAUCAAGGAGGGGCUGACCAAGCACAUGUCGGGCCUGUGGAACUGUGUGAAUGGUCUGAACGCCACGGUCAUUUCCCAUGGAGGGAUCAUUGAGAGCAUCCAGACCACUCAGCUGGACGGGAUCCACGGGAAGAUCAAGAACCUCAACUCGUCCGUCAGUCACAUCCUCACGGAGUUCCAGAAUCUUUCGGAACAGGACCUGACCGGUGUGCAGUUGGUUAGAGGUUUGAAUGGCCUGCCUGGUCCUCCAGGUCCCUCUGGGGAGAGAGGGUUCCAGGGGCUGCCUGGCGCUAAGGGGCCCCAAGGCAGGGACGGACCCCCGGGUAGGCAGGGAGAGAACGGGCCCAGAGGAUCACCAGGCCUCAAAGGUGAACAAGGUAUGCCAGGUGCCGAUGCCAACGUGCCCAAGCUGUCCUUCUCUGCCGCUCUCACCUACCCCAUGCUUAGUGCUGGCACCAUCGUCUUCGACAAGAUCUUUGUCAACGAGGGAGAGUUCUAUGACCCGCGGACUGGCAUCUUCACGGCGCCCGUCGAUGGCCGCUACUUCUUCAGCGCAAUCCUGACUGGCCACAAGAACGAGAAGAUUGAGGCGGUACUAUCCAAGUCCAACUAUGGUAUGGCCCGUGUGGACUCCGGGGGAUACCAGCCAGAGGGACUGGAGAACAAGCCGGUAGCCGAGGCCAAGAUCACCCCGGGCUCCCUGGCCGUGUUCAACAUCAUCCUGCCCCUCCAGGCCGGAGACACAGUCUGCAUUGACCUGGUCAUGGGCAAGCUGGCCCACUCUGUAGAGCCUCUCACCAUCUUCAGUGGAAUGCUGCUGUAUGAACAUAUGUAAGCCAAAACCCCCUAGGGUUGUCCAUCUGGAACAUAAGAGAGGGAGAGGAAGGAAGAAACGGAAGAAGGACGAGGGAAGAAGAAAGUUAGAGAAGAGAGGGUCUGGGGUUGGUCCCCAUUCUGGACUGUUUAGACUCACAGUUUGAAUUGACAACCGCUUUUCAAUGCAAAACGACAGGGUCCAGAGAUGGAAUUACUUUAUAUCAACUCGCGAAACACGGGAACGAACGACAACUAGGAGACGACUACAACGACAGAAAAGUGUUGUGUUUCUCCCUCUGUGUGUCAUUCCUGGCCCUCUGAUGUUGUGAAACCUGAUGAACUGCUUGAACAAACACAGGAUGUACUAUAAACUAAGUAGCAGACUGAGAGACUUCGCCCUUCAUUUUUUUUUACCUAGCUCGUCCAGUAUUUGGAAAAGUGUUUUUCACACCAAAUGUGUUGCUACUACUGCAGGAUUUUUCUAUGGUUAUUCUUAUAUGUCCCUGUUUCUAUAUUACUCACUCCAGGCAUGGGGCUCAGCGUACCGUAGUCCUCAGUGCACCACUGCCGACCAUAAGGUCUGCUUGACAUCCCACCUUUGCUGCAAAGUGUUUCCCUGCCAAAGAACCAGACCCACUGUCAAGGUCUGAGGUUAACCGGAAGUUAGGAAUAGCGGAGAGAACCUGGAAUGAGAAAUUCCUUGCUUGAUUUUCUAUAGCUGAUUUCUAUGGUGAUGAAUUCACGUUUUGUGAUUUUAAUGUUAUCGUGCACCUUUUGCCUCCUUGUCUCUCCGUUCUGUAAUGCCUUUGGCUUGGCGAUCCAAAGCUUGGCCUUGUUGACGAUAAUUGCUACAGCUUAAGUGUGUUAUACUAGUGGUUCCCAAAGACUUUUAUGUGCCCUACGUGACCUUGCCAAAUGUGCCAUCCGUGACCUAGCUAAAUGUGUUGUCCGAGACCUAGCUAGAUGUGUUGUCCGUGACCUAGCUAGAUGUGUUGUCCGUGACCUAGCUAGAUGUGUUGUCCGUGACCUAGCUAGAUGCGUUGUCCCUGACCUAGCUAAAUGUGUUGUCCGAGACCUAGCUAGAUGUGUUGUCCGUGACCUAGCUAGAUGCGUUGUCCCUGACCUAGCUAAAUGUGCCAUUUGUGACCUAGCUAAAUGUGUUGUCCGUGACCUAGCUAAAUGUGCCAUUUGUGACCUAGCUAAAUGUGCCGUCCGUGACCUAGCUAAAUGUGUUGUCCGUGACCUAGCUAAAUGUGUUGUACGUGACCUAGCUAAAUGUGCCAUUUGUGACCUAGCUAAAUGUGCCAUUUGUGACCUAGCUAAAUGUGCCGUCCGUGACCUAGCUAAAUGUGUUGUCCGUGACCUAGCUCAAUGUGCCGUCCGUGACCUAGCUAAAUGUGUUGUCUGUGACCUAGCUAAAUGUGUUGUCCGUGACCUAGCUAAAUGUGUUGUCCGUGACCUAGCUAAAUGUGUUGUCCGUGACCUAGCUAAAUGUGCCAUUUGUGACCUAGCUAAAUGUGCCGUCCGUGACCUAGCUAAAUGUGUUGUCCGUGACCUAGCUAAAUGUGUUGUCCGUGACCUAGCUAAAUGUGCCUUCCGUGACCUAGCUAAAUGUGCCGUCCGUGACCUAGCUAAAUGUGUUGUCCGAGACCUAGCUAGAUGUGUUGUCCGUGACCUAGCUAGAUGCGUUGUCCCUGACCUAGCUAAAUGUGCCAUUUGUGACCUAGCUAAAUGUGUUGUCCGUGACCUAGCUAAAUGUGCCAUUUGUGACUUAGCUAAAUAUGCCGUCCGUGACCUAGCUAAAUGUGUUGUCCGUGACCUAGCUAAAUGUGUUGUCCGUGACCUAGCUAAAUGUGUUGUCCGUGACCUAGCUAAAUGUGUUGUCCGUGACCUAGCUAAAUGUGUUGUCCGUGACCUAGCUAAAUGUGUUGUCCGUGACCUAGCUAAAUGUGCCUUCCGUGACCUGGCUAAAUGUGCCGUCCGUGACCUAGCUAAAUGUGUUGUCCGUGACCUAGCUAAAUGUGCCUUCCGUGACCUAGCUAAAUGUGCCGUCCGCGGUCUAGCUAAAUGUGUUGUCCGUGACCUAGCUAAAUGUGUUGUCCGUGACCUAGCUAAAUGUGCCUUCCGUGACCUAGCUAAAUGUUCCGUCCGUGACCUAGCUAAAUGUGUUGUCCGUGACCUAGCUAAAUGUGUUGUCCGUGACCUAGCUAAAUGUGCCGUCCGUGACCUAGCUAAAUGUGCCGUCCGUAACCUAGCUAAAUGCGUUGUCCCUGACCUAGCUAAAUGUGCCAUUUGUGACCUAGCUAAAUGUGCCAUUUGUGACCUAGCUAAAUGUGUUGUCUGUGACCUAGCUAAAUGUGCCAUUUGUGACCUAGCUAAAUGUGCCAUUUGUGACCUAGCUAAAUGUGCCGUCCGUGACCUAGCUAAAUGUGCCGUCCGUGACUGAAAGCAUUCAGACAUGUCUUGCCAUGCUCCAGACGAAUGAAAACAUGUUCAAACCCCAGACCCAGCCUUAACCACAAUCAAGUAGGAAUUUGCCUCAACCAAGCAGAAGGAAACUCUGCCCUGUAUCCCAGUAUAGAAGGAAGCCCUGUCUUAUACCCAGUACAGAAGGAAACUCUGCCUAAUACCCCAGUACAGAAUGAAACCCUGCCUUAUACCCCAGUACAGAAGGAAGCCCUGCCUUAUACCCCAGUAUAGAAGGAAGCCCUGCCUUAUACCCCAGUACAGAAGGAAGCCCUGCCUUAUACCCCAGUACAGAAGGAAGCCCUGCCUUUAUACCCAGUACAGAAGGAAGCCCUGCCUUAUACCCCAGUACAGAAGGAAGCCCUGCCUUUAUACCCAGUACAGAAGGAAGCCCUGCCUUAUACCCCAGUACAGAAUGACCACAUGGCCUAUAGAUCCUUUAUUACAUCAUUAGAGGGAAUCAGAUGAUGUGACUCAACAAUCUUCAACCUAACACAGAGUCACACCCCAAAGUGUGAGAAAGUCAGUCUGAAAGCCUCAGUGACCAGUCAGAAGGGAGUAUCACUCCUCCCCCCGAACCCCCCAUUUCUCCCUUAGGCACACGAUGUGUUGAACGGCUGCCAAGGGCCACAAGGAGUGAGCGGAUCAUAAACAGAGCGAUGUGCUCUCUCUCUCUCUAAGAGGCCCCGGUGGAUGUCAUUAAUCGAGGCACAGUGAAGUGUUUACACAGGACGAUAAAUAAGAAGCUCUCUCUGACAGCAGGGGAUGAUUACUUGGUCAUGUCUGUCGGCCCCCCAAUGGCCCAAUGAUGCAGAGGAAUAGUUACAGGCCUUCUAAUGGCCCAUUGAUCCAGAGGACUAGGUUCUCUAAUGGCCCAGUGAUACAGAGGUCUAGGUUUUCUAAUGGCCCAGUGAUACAGUCCGGGCCAGAUGCAACAAUGAGGAUCUUUCAGACCAGGGCAGAUGCAACAAUGAGGAUCUUUCAGACCAGGCCAGAUGCAACAAUGAGGAUCUUUCAGACCAGGCCAGAUGCAACAAUGAGGAUCUUUCAGACCAGGGCAGAUGCAACAAUGAGGAUCUUUCAGACCAGGGCAGAUGCAACAAUGAGGAUCUUUCAGACCAGGGCAGAUGCAGCAAUGAGGAUCUUUCAGACCAGGGCAGAUGCAGCAAUGAGGAUCUUUCAGACCAGGGCAGAUGCAACAAUGAGGAUCUUUCAGACCAGGGCAGAUGCAACAAUGAGGAUCUUUCAGACCAGGGCAGAUGCAGCAAUGAGGAUCUUUCAGACCAGGGCAGAUGCAGCAAUGAGGGUCUUUCAGAGCAGGGCAGAUGCAGCAAUGAGGAUCUUUCAGAGCAGGGCAGCUGCAACAAUGAGAAUCUUUCAGAGCAGGGCAGCAAUGAGGAUCUUUCAGAGCAGGGCAGAUGCAGCAAUGAGGAUCUUUCAGAGCAGGGCAGAUGCAGCAAUGAGGAUCUUUCAGAGCAGGGCAGCAAUGAGGAUCUUUCAGAGCAGGGCAGCUGCAGCAAUGAGGAUCUUUCAGAGCAGGGCAGCUGCAGCAAUGAGGAUCUUUCAGAGCAGGGCAGCUGCAGCAAUGAGGAUCUUUCAGAGCAGGGCAGCUGCAGCAAUGAGGAUCUUUCAGAGCAGGGCAGCUGCAGCAAUGAGGAUCUUUCAGACCAGGGCAGCUGCAGCAAUGAGGAUCUUUCAUAGCAGGGCAGCAAUGAGGAUCUUUCAGAGCAGGGCAGCUGCAGCAAUGAGGAUCUUUCAGAGCAGGGCAGCUGCAGCAAUGAGGAUCUUUCAGACCAGGGCAGCUGCAGCAAUGAGGAUCUUUCAUAGCAGGGCAGCAAUGAGGAUCUUUCAGAGCAGGGCAGAGAAAAUAAAAGGAAGAAAAGCAGGUUUAAUUAUAACUGAAACAUUAUGUCAGUCAACUCAUUUCUUUAGUUAAAAGACAGAUGCUGCUGAUAACACUGACAUCGUCAUCAAGGAUGUUGGAAUUAUUUUGGUGUGAACGUGCAAAAGUAACCUACUUUUUGAAGUGAUUUGUUUGACAAUAAGAUGAAAACAUCAUGACUGAUUGUGGUCAUGGUACAUUAAAAGUACAUUCUUACAGUUAAAUUACAUGCCUUUACUAUAAAACCCAUAGGAGGGGGGGGUGGUGGGGGAAGCUCAGACUGACCUCUGCCUGGGUCCUCCAAAUCACUAAACCCGCCCCUGUACAGAGGAAUAUUUUACAGGCCCUCUAAUGGCCCAGUGAAUCAGAGGAAUAGUUACAGGCCCUCUAAUGGCCUAUGUGAUACAGAGGAAUAGUUACAGGCCCUCUGAUGGCCCAGUGAAUCAGAGGAAUAGUUACAGGCCCUCUAAUGGCCCAGUGAAUCAGAGGAAUAGUUACAGGCCCUCUAAUGGCCCAGUGAAUCAGAGGAAUAGUUACAGGCCCUCUAAUGGCCUAUGUGAUACAGAGGAAUAGUUACAGGCCCUCUGAUGGCCUAUGUGAUACAGAGGAAUAGUUACAGGCCCUCUGAUGGCCCAGUGAAUCAGAGGAAUAGUUACAGGCCCUCUAAUAUAAUAAUAAUAAUAAUAUAUGCCAUUUAGCAGACGCUUUUAUCCAAAGCGACUUACAGUCAUGUGUGCAUACAUUCUACGUAUGGGUGGUCCCGGGAAUCGAACCCACUACCCUGGCGUUACAAGCGCCAUGCUCUACCAACUGAGGUAUGACCCCACUAUGACCCCAUGGCCCAGUGAAUCAGAGGAAUAGUUACAGGCCCUCUGAUGGCCUAUGUGAUGCAGAGGAAUAGUUACAGGCCCUCUGAUGGCCUAUGUGAUGCAGAGGAAUAGUUACAGGCCCUCUGAUGGCCUAUGUGAUGCAGAGGAAUAGUUACAGGCCCUCUGAUGGCCUAUGUGAUACUCCGCACCUAAUGUUUUCCCAACCCAGUCCUAGGUUCCCCCUUAACCGUUUCACAUAUUUGAUCAAUUCCAACACUAGCUCACCAUAACAGGAUCAGUAUGGUGCUUUCUGGUGCUGCAUUAAACUGUGUGUUAUUUACUAGGAAAAUGGAUUCAGUUUCAGAACGGCAAAUGGAUACCAACAUAUUUGGCAGAGAGGUACACCAUUGCAAUCAAAUACAUGGAGUUGUAUUCAAAUUCUAUCACUAAUUCUAUCACUAUUCUAUCAUUAUUUGAAAGACGCUGUAUUUAGUUGAGAAGCUGCUGUCUUGCUACUCUUGUGCCUUUUGAGUAUUUCUCCACCUGGUCCUAUCUGACCUCUGUGUUUGUUAUUGCUAAAGGAAUUCCAAAGGUUUACUCAAUCUAUGAAGUCACCAACAACUGGUCAUUCCACAUGCCAACCAAAGCAGUGCUAUGUAUUAAAGGUGCAGUUCCGCCUUGUUUUCUGCAGCUCCUCCUCCCCACAGUCUAACCUUUUACCUUGAAUGUGUGAUUUGGUCGACACGUGUAGCUCAAAUAAAGGUAUUUAAUUUUA